AUGGGGAGCGGGCCUGCGAAUCGGGUGCAACCUGGGUGGCUCGGUCUCCAGCUUGGUGUAUUAUGGGAUGUUGAAGACCCCCUCUUCCUCCAGGUGCAGGAGACACCCCCCCCAAGACACCUGCUCCAGAACUCGGGAUCUCUGCCAGAACGAGCGGCUGAUGCGCUGGGAGGAAUUACGCCACAAGAAGUCUUAAAAAGCAAACUUUUGGAACGGAGAGCCUUUGGAGAGGCUCCGAUCCGUGCUCCUCGCUCGGCCGGAACAUUCCAGUUCAUCCUGUCGUCCUCAGGGAGCCAAGCUUUGCCGACCUACGCAGGGAAUGAGGAGGAGUUUUUUGGGGUGGAGGCGUCCAGGCCGGCUGACAGAGCUCUCCUCCGCUGGUCACGCUUUGGUGUGACGGCUACCGAGGGACCCCAGAAGACUGGCGUCGACGUUCGGAGGAGGAGGAGGAAGGAGCCAGGAGGACACGGCCUUUCUCUGAAGGGACUUGCCAGCUAG